GGUGUAGAAGGAAAAAGCCAUGGAAGCUCUGAAGACAGCAAGCUUUAGCCCUAUAUCAGUUCUGUCGGAGAAAAGAUCAGAACCCAGAAGGCUUGCAUGGCUCCCAAGCCUCUCCUCACCAAAGUCUCCGAGACCCAUCUCACAAGAAAGCUUCUUGAGGAGCUUUAAUGGCGGUUUGGCUCUUCUCACUUCCGCUUUAAGCAGUGCAGCUACUCCUGCAGCUAAAGCUCUCACGUACGAGGAAGCCCUCCAACAAUCUGUCACCUCUUCUUCUUCAUCGCCCUUUGAAUCAGACGGCCUGGUCGACGGAAUCGUCGGAUUCGUAACGGAAAACCCUUUGGUUAUAGCCGGCGGGGUUGCUGUUUUGGCUGUUCCAUGGGUUCUGUUUCAGGUUCUGAGCAAGAAGCCGAAAUCUUGGGGAGUAGAAUCUGCUAAGAGUGCAUAUACCAAAUUGGGUACAGACGAAAAUGCUCAGUUGGUGGACAUAAGAUCUCCUGGAGAAGCUAGACAAGUGGGUACUCCUGACAUUAAGGGUUUAGGCAAAAGACCGGUCACUGUUGUUUAUAAAGGAGAAGACAAAACUGGUUUUCUGAAGAAGCUUUCCUUGAAGUUUAAGGAACCGGGGAACACCACAUUGUUCAUUCUUGACAAGUUGGAUGGAAAUUCCGAACUCGUAGCGGAAUUGGUGGCUCUCAAUGGAUUCAAAGCUGCUUAUGCCAUAAAAGAUGGAGCCGAGGGACCUCGAGGCUGGUUGAACAGUGGUCUCCCUUGGGUAGAGCCGAAGAAGACUCUUAGCCUUGAUCUGAGUAAUCUGACUGAUGGUAUCGCCGGUGUUUUUGGCGAGAAUGGCGGUUUAUCUGUGGCUGUUGGGGUAGCUGCCGCUGCUGGAUUGGGUGCCUUAGCAUUUUCAGAGGUUGAAACUAUACUCCAGCUUCUGGCAGCACUUGUUCAGUUUGCAAGCAAGAAGUUUCUAUUUGCUGAGGACCGGAAGCAAACUCUGAAGCAGGUUGAUGAGUUCUUGAACACCAAGGUUGCCCCGAAAGAACUGGUCGAUGAGCUGAAGCAAAUCGGGAAAGCUCUGCUUCCGCCAACGACAAGCAGCAAAGCUCUCCCGGCUCCGGCGGCUGAAGCAGCGGCAGAGAGUCCAACCACAACAGCCACCACUACCAUCAACAAACCAGAGCCAUCACCAGCCGAAGCCAACUCAGCAAGAACCGAAACCAAACCAGAAUCUCACCCAAGACCGCUCUCUCCUUAUGCAUCCUACCCAGACUUGAAGCCUCCAGCAUCUCCGACGCCAUCGCAGCCCUGAAACCACCACACAAAAAAAAAAAAGUGUUGUGUUGCAGGGAACAUAUAGGCGCAAGUGGGUUGAAUUUAAUUGGUGUAAAAACAAACUACAUGGGAAGAGAUGGUUGUCUGAGCUUUUGCAUUUGCAGUUCAUGUGAUCUUUGGUCGUCUGGCUUUUGAUAUUCGAUGUUUGUCCUAAUAAAAAAAAAAAGGGAAGGGGAAAUUGACAUUCCAUUUCUUAUGA